AUGGAAAAGUUAAGAGAUCAAGAAGACUAAGAAAAUAACUCCUUUCUAUCACCAAAGCCUUUGAUAAGUAUAGAAUAGUCUGCUAAUAGAGAUAACAAAGACAAGAAACUGAAAAGGAAGCCUAAUGAUGCUGAAUUUAAAUCAGUGCUUUAAUAGUUCGAGAAAGGCUAUAAAAAUGGAGAGCACGAUUCUUAGCGAAGUCCUUAACAACAUCCUACCGGAUAAUCACCAAAUAAAACUGAAAAUAAGUAAUUCUUUGCAAACGAAAUUGAUUGGUUCGGAUUUCAAACUCAACUAAGGAAAAUAGUUUACGAGCUUGUAGAGCCAACAGUAAAGAGGGCUCUGACGAGUGAAAAUUAAAUAUACUUUCUAUAAGAAGAAAAUGCCUAAGUCCGCAAGAAACUAGAUGAGUUGGAGUAUGUAUUUUAGAAGGCAUAAAAGAAAGCUGUUUCCAAUGAUGAUAUUACCAGGAAAAUUCACGAGCAAGAUUAGAACAGAAGAAUAGCCGAGCUUAAGUUGAAAGGUGAAAUUGACUAAUUCAAAGCAUCCAUGGAUUCUUUUAAGUAAAGACUACAAGUCGUGGAAAGUGAAGCUGUAAGAUAUCAAACAUCAACACAGUUGCAGUAAAUUGAGGUGUCGGCAGUGGUUGAUAACUUUCAUGGAACUAAAUAAAAACUUCAUAAUGAAAUGAUUUAGAUGCAUGAUACUUUCGUUAGAAAUAUUAAUGAACUCAAAGAAAAAAUUGAGUUCUACGAUUAACCAGUCAAGAGAUGUGAACAGUAUCUAGAAAACUAAAAGAUUGUCCUCAGAGAUCUUUAAACGGGAUUAGAAAUAGCCAAGAAAGACCUCUUGUCCCAUAACAGCGAAAUAAAGCGAUUAGACAAGCAGAAACUAGAUGAAGAUAUAUUCAAUGAUGAUCAGAAAAUUAUCAAAAAUCACAUGGGCAUUGCUAGAUAAGAAAUAGACUUGCUGAAGUCUGAGCUGCAAGCAACUGACAACUAUCUUGACAAAUACUUGCCUUUUAAGACACUCAAUUUUAUCUAUGAUUCCUUAACUGCGUUCCUAGAUAAAAAAGAGUUGGCUAAACUAUUUGAUUACUUAGCAGUCAUUUUCGAGUAGUUAGAAUCUGGAAUUGCGAAUGAUGAUGGCAAACCAAGCCUGACUAAAAGAGAUUUUUUCAUACCCACACUAGAUUUGAGUUUUAUAUAAUAGCAGCGGAAAUUAAAUAAAAUAAUGAAUGAAGGAGGAAGUGAGAUAAGAGCAGGUAUGAUUGAGCAAACUCAGAGAAGUAACAGUUAAAUAAGUGACAUGAAUUCAGAAGCUAAGAACUUCAGCAGAUUAAAGUCAAAGAGGAGCGCUGUUUAAAAAUAAGUGGCUAAGCAGCAUAAUCAAAAUAUAAUGAGCUCUUCAAAUUAUGCUGACAAUGUCAGUUAGAGUACAAGGAAAACACUAGCUCAUAGAGGGAAGCAAAGUGAGGUGAAAAAUAGACCUUUAUUGCCUUCAAGAAGAGAGAGCAAAUAGCUGUCAUCUAAGCAUUCUCAAAAUAUGGAUUAUGAUGCUUAUGAAAAUGAGAUGACAUAGAAAGAGCUAUUGAGAGUUUAAAAAGGAACUUCAUAGUUUGAAAAAGAUAGAAAUAGACAAAGAAGAAUCUCUUCUGGGAGUGGAAGAUUCAAUAAAAUAGGCUAAUCCAAAUAAAAUGUGGAAGGACACUUGAAGAGACAAAGUAUACUCUAAACUUCUCAAAUUGAGGAUCUUACUUUAAAAGAAAGACCUGAUUCAGAAUAAGGUUCCCCAAGCUUUGGUAAGGGAUCUAUGAAGGAUAAAUAAUCAUUCAAAGAUUUGAACGAUGAUAGAUUUGAUGCAAGCUCUAAGGCGAAAGAUUUGUUUUCAAGAGGAAGAGGAUCUGACGCAAUUUCUUACCAAAAUAUGGAUCAGAGAAUUUAGGAAAAACUGACAAGCUCCUUCCCUUAAAUCCUCAUUGAUUAACAAAAAAUUCUAAAGAAUCUAAUUGAAACAUAAAGUCAGGGUGUAAAAGAAGAGCAGAGUUAAAUGGAAUAGAAGAGUUAGCCUAUUUAAAAUGAGGCAAAGUAGACAUCCUAAGAGAUGACUAUUUCUCAUAAACUUUUCUCAGAGACAAGGGAAAAUCGAAAUAAUUAAAUAAUCACUCACAAACCAGAUCCAAUGAACUAAGAAUCAUUCCAAGGAGCAACCUUUCAUUAAUCACCAAACAGAUCUCAAAGAUUUCAAAGAUAAUCCUCAACUGAUGCCGCUGGAAAUAACUCAAGCUUUGAGAAACUUAAAGUCUCAAAAUCCAAGGUGCUUCAUCAAAAUACAGAGCUUAAUCAUAAUGAGCCAAUGACACCUUAGGGACAAAAUUCAUCUAUUAAAAAGUAAAACACCAAAAAGAGUUAGAAACAUUCAGGCAGAAAUAUUCAAACAGAGAAGGUAGUGGGAAAAGAGGGUGUCACUGAAUUUAAUAAAGAGGAAUCAGAUGAUUAGGAGGAGAUGAUGCAGAAGAAAUUAAUGAACUUGCAAGAAAAUGACCCAGAUAAUGUAGACUUGAUUUCUGAUGCAGAAGAUGAGGAACUAGAAAUGGAAGACUAUGAUGAAAAUAUGACAGGGUCAAGCAAUGAUACAUUCUCAGGCAAUAGAGUAGUAAACAAGAAAUUCAGAAAGUUGAAUGUAAUGAUAAAGAAGAUAAGAAGGAUGAUGCUAGAAUACUUCUCAGAUCAAGAUAACUACAAUGGUAAGACAAGUGAGUAAUUGGCUAAGAUAAAUGAUGUUAUCAAUCACAAUGAAGUACUUUGGAGAUAAGAUUCUGAAAGGCUUACCAAACUUAUUAUAAACUCUCUAGAGUAAGAAAAGAUUAAGAUAAAAGUAGAGCUUACUGAAAAAUAUGACGAUAUUACUGAAAAGAUUUAAGAGUAGUUAAACGAAACAAUCACUCGAAGGAAAAGAGAGAUAUCUGAUAAUCAGUUCGAGAUGAGCAAAGUAAACAAGAUUGUUGAAUAGAACUGCACAAAGAUAGAAGUAUUUGGAUUUUAAGCAUAGAAUAUGGCUGAGAUUCAGAAUGCAAUGCUAGAAAGUUUGCUCAUAGUCAACACAAUUAUUGCUUAAGAUGAAGAAGAUAGAAAAUCUUUGUCACUUGUAGGUAUUAGCACGAUAGGGGGAAAUAUGGGAGGUGAGAACCAUGUGCUUUCUAAUUCUAAACCUGAGGAAUCAAGAUAGAUGAUAAAGCUUGAUAAGACCUGUAUGACUUGCUCAAACUAAAACAAUCCUAUAAUAAAGUCAGCUUUUAAAAUGGCUUGUCUCGCAUACUAGCCAAGACCUGUUGAAUUUGCUGGUUAAAAAGUUCCUAAGGAUGUUUUAGCUAAUAGAAAUAAAGUAUUUGUAGAGAAAUUACUGACCUAGUACUAAUACAUGUUAAAGGUUAAGGAAGAUAAAAUUUAAGCAAGAAAUUUGGAAUAAAAUGAUGAGAAUUAGGGAUUUGAUAUACUUCCUGAAAUUUUAUAGGUGGACAAAAUCUCCUAUAUGCUUAACAAUAAAUCGAAGAUGAAUAAAUCUAUAAGUGACUUUAGUAGCUAUGAUAAUACACCAUUGCACGGCUAAAAGCUUAAUCCUUUGCUCAAUAAGAGCAUUGCAAACUAGAAUCAUAAUAAUAGCAGCUUAGUGAAUGUGGGAACAAGCAUCAAUGAUAUUUCACCUAGUAUGCAAGAACAUAUGAAGUAUUUGAAAAUGAACAUAUUGCAGCAAGCUAAUCCAUCAAACAAUGCCUCACUGGAGAAUUUCAUGAUAGAUAACCCGUAUUUAUUAUUAUAUUUGAUUUUUAAUAGUUUGAAUAAGAAGGCAAAUCUGAACAGAAUGACUGAUGCCAUACUGCAUGAUAGAACUUAGUAUGAGGGAGAUAAGGUUCACAUUAAUUUCCCUAAAAAUCCAUCAUUUGAGAUGAUUUCAAAGAGAGCUAAAACUCCUCUGCUCCAGUAGUCUCUGAACAACUAAAAUUAUAAAAGACUAGCAAGAGAGAAAUUGAAAGAUAUCUCCACAUAGCUAACAACUAAUAGACCUGUAACUAAUAUAAAUUCUUUAAUAUUUUAUAGUCUUCAACUCUUCAAGUUCAUAGUGUGGCAAAUAAUUAUCAGACAGAAUUCACAGUACCAUCAAUAUAUCCUGAAAUUGGUCAUCAAUAGAAAACUCAAAUCAAAGUAGACAUUUAGAAAUCAAAUAAAAUGCAGUAUUCUGCUCCCUCUUCUCCGAAAUUAAAUGCUUUUCGAAAAAACUAGUUAUGAUUGCCUCUAAAAAUGA